UUCGCAGACAGGAAGUUGCCUUUGUUGACUCGUCAAGGAAAAAGCAAGAUGGCUAACCUGGACGUGGAGGAUUUUAUUCAGCAAAACAGAGCUUUGGCGGACCAGGUAGAAACAUUUCGAGGUUACUGGGAGAGUGAAAAACACUGGCAGGCCAGGAGGGAGUUCAUCCUACGGAACAUAAGCGACUUUGAGGACCCGCAUCUGGACCACCUGAUCUCCCUGUCCAUGGUCUGGGCUAACAACGUCUUCCUCGGCUGUCGGUAUAGCACAGAGCUCCUGGAGAAAGUGAAGGAAAUGGCUGAAGGCGUCGUGGUGGAGGACGCACCGGUCUUCAAGACAAGAGAUGAGAUUAUGAAGAAGCAACAGGGUCGAUGACCGGCUCAGUCGCAUUAUCCCUUCUGGUCGCGUCUGAUCAAGCCUGAAGACUGAUGGGACUCAGCUGUUACGUACAUGUAUACAGGCUGCGAUUUUAAGAAGUCUGGCCACUUACACUGUAGGAUUGUAACACUAUGAUGGUAACUGAUGUGAUCAGAGUGUAAACAUCAACAAUCUUUUUUUUUUUUUUUUUUUUUUCAACAAAAGCAGAGAUAUUGUUAUUCUGCAUUUAAUUGUAUAGACACAACUAAGAUGUUUUUGACAGUGUGGGAGCUUCACUGCUCAUCCAUUUUUACACUUUCUUUUAAAAAGCGUACUCAUUGUUUUUGGUAUUGUUUUUUUAAAUAAAUUUUAGAUGAAAGAUGACACAUAAUCUUGUCAUUAUGUGUUUAGCAAAAUAAAUAACAUCCUUUCUUCUCA